GAUAGCUCCACCUCUGUUGCUAUCGAUUUCGGGCAAUUAUUUUCUUUAGUUUAUUUUUUUUUCCGUUUCUCCAAUUGCGCUUGUGGGGCCGUAACCCGAGAAAUGUGCUGACCCCCGGAGGAAGCUAAAAGGGAUUGAGUCGGACUGGGAAUCGAAACCAGAUUCAGAUUCUGAUUCGGAUUCGGAUUUAUAGUAACCCAGAGUCGCGUCCGCUGUGCUGUUAUGCGUGUGUGUGCGUGAGAGUCGUCCGUGCUCCCUUCUUGUUUGUGUGUGUGUGUGUGCGUGUGCGCGAGAUCUGGAAGAUCGUCGUCUUCGUUGUUGCUGUGCUUGUUACUCUUUCCCGUCUGGAAAAGGGCGGUAAAAGAGAAGUCAACAGAAGAAUCCGGAGCACGGGAAAGCGGAAAACUAGGCAAUAGGUGAUCCAUCUAUUCCAGGCGCUGGGAAAAUGUUCUCGAAAAAGAAGAAGAAACCGCUGAUCUCGAUGCCAAGCAACUUUGAGCAUCGCGUGCACACGGGCUUCGACAAGCGGGAGAACAAGUACGUGGGCCUGCCCCUCCAGUGGGCCUCCAUUGUGGGCAACAACCAGAUCCUCAAGUCGAGCAACCGCCCGCUGCCGCUCGUCGAUCCCUCGGAGAUCACGCCCACGGAGAUCCUUGACCUCAAGACGAUAGUCCGUCCGCAUCACAACAACAACAAGGCGGACACCACCUCGCUGAACAGCAGCAGCACCACCAACAUGAUGAUGGCGUCGCAUCCCAUGGCGCUCGGUGGCUCCCAUACCAUGCCUCCAAAUGCCGCCGCCACCGCUGCCGGCAUGAUGCACCACAUGAUGCCCAGCGAGGCAACACCCGGCGGUGGUAUUAUCCUGCCCAAAACCUCGCACGUGGCCAGGUCAAACUCCCUGCGCAGCUCCAGUCCCCCUCGCGUUCGCCGCGUGGCCAAUGUGCCGCCUUCGGUGCCGGAGGAGGAGGGCCCAACGGGUCCAACCCCAGGUGGUUUUAAGCCUCCACCAUCCACGAUGAGCGGCCAUCCUAUGCUCUAUCCCAGUCAGCAUUCCCAUGCCAAUGGAGCGGCCACCGGGCCUCUGGCCGUGCGCACGGACCAGCAUCAGUACCGCGGCAACAUGGCGCCGCCGCCCGGCUCCAUACCGCAACAGACAUCGCCCGUGGGAUCUGUAGCCAGUGGCACACGUUCCACGCACUCGCACACCAACAAUGGCAAUGGCAGCGGCGGCGCUGGUGGUUUCCCCAUAUAUCCCACCUCCCACCAGGCCAAGGCGAUCGGCGAUCAGAACCAGAAUCCCCUGCAUCCGCAUGGACAUCCGCAUCCACACAAUCACCUGGCCAAGUCGGCGUCGCGGGCCUCUAGUUCAAGUGGCGGAGCGAGCAGCGCCACCUUGGCAGCGGCGGCGGCCGUCCAGCAGGCGCAGCCGAAACAGGAGCAACGCCUAACCCACGAGCAGUUCCGUGCCGCCCUCCAAAUGGUAGUGUCAGCGGGGGAUCCGCGUGAGAAUCUCGAUCACUUCAACAAGAUCGGCGAGGGAUCCACGGGCACCGUUUGCAUAGCCACCGACAAGAGUACAGGUCGCCAGGUGGCCGUGAAGAAGAUGGACCUGCGCAAACAGCAGCGACGCGAGCUGCUCUUCAACGAGGUGGUCAUCAUGCGCGACUACCAUCAUCCCAAUAUCGUGGAGACAUACUCCAGCUUUCUGGUCAACGAUGAGCUCUGGGUGGUGAUGGAGUACCUCGAGGGCGGCGCCCUCACCGACAUUGUCACCCAUUCGCGUAUGGACGAGGAGCAGAUAGCCACCGUAUGCAAGCAGUGCCUGAAGGCUUUGGCCUAUUUGCACUCACAGGGCGUCAUCCAUCGCGACAUCAAGUCGGACUCCAUUCUGCUGGCCGCCGAUGGACGGGUGAAGCUGUCGGACUUUGGCUUCUGCGCCCAGGUAUCCCAGGAGCUGCCCAAGCGCAAGAGUUUGGUGGGCACACCGUACUGGAUGUCACCGGAGGUUAUAUCACGUUUACCGUACGGUCCGGAAGUGGAUAUCUGGUCGCUGGGCAUCAUGGUCAUCGAAAUGGUGGACGGUGAGCCGCCCUUCUUCAAUGAGCCACCGCUGCAGGCGAUGCGACGCAUACGUGACAUGCAGCCACCGAAUUUGAAGAAUGCCCACAAGGUUUCGCCGCGUCUGCAGUCCUUCCUCGACCGAAUGCUGGUCCGGGAUCCGGCGCAGAGGGCCACGGCCGCCGAGCUGCUGGCCCAUCCCUUCCUGCGCCAGGCGGGUCCGCCGUCGCUGCUGGUACCGCUGAUGCGUAAUACGCGACACCAUCCAUAGUUGAAGCGACCAGGAAUUGGACUUGGGACUUUGGACUCUUCUAGUAUUAACAAUCAGUUGAUGGCAACUGUACUUAAACCCACAUUCCCCCGCUCGAAACGUUGUAAAGUCAUUUAAGCCAGCAUAUACCCGCUUUUAAGCCCACUAACCAGCACCACUUGACCACUGAGCCACUGCAUCAUCGAGCAACGGAGCAACAGGGCCACCGAAGACGAGUUUGCCCCCAAGAAUAGCCAUGUGCCUUUCACACACCCAAAAGAAACUAAAAACUACAAAAUUUCAUAAAUGAUUCCAUGAAUAUAUCCUGAGAAGUGACUCGUGAUCAGUUUCGGAAGUCUGAAUGUACGUUUUUAUAUAUUGAAUGUUGCUCUCUUCUUGUUCGCCCUGUUUGCAUUUUUUUUAAAUAUACAAAAAGCCCAUAAAACAUUGUUCGAAUAUAUACAUAUAUACUUAUACAAUAUAAACGCUAAGAGAGAUAUGUUAAACUAUAUAGAUAUAUAUGUAUUUACCCAUAUAUUUUUUAUAAAAACAAACCUAAACCUAAGCGAAGCGAAACAACGAAGGAAUGGGAAUCGAACGCGAAAGCGAAAACGAAAGAGACAGAACUCGAACGGAAGAGAGAGAGAGAGUGAGAGGACAUCGAAUUAAAAAUACUAUUUAGACUUGACUCGAUAUAUGUAUAUUCAAAUGAACUAAAUAUAUAUAUACAAAAAACAUUCCCAAUUUUGAAAAUUAUAACUAGAUCCUCCUCCGUUCUGUUUUUCGAUAUGUUUUUUUUAAUUCGGUUUUUAACCCCGUGUAAUUAUAAUUUAACGAAUAAACAAAAAUGUAUUUGAUUGAA